AUGGAGGUUCCUGAAUAUUUGGAUUUGGACGAGAUCGACUUCUCGGACGAUGCUGUAUGUUCCUUUUCGUCUCUGAAGAACAUUCCAGAGUUGUCGAGACGAAGCGAUGCUCAGGCUGAGGAGAGAGCUGUUCCUUCCAUCAACUGGAGUCGUGGAGUGGCGUCCCAUGUGGGCACGGUGGGAAUCAAACCCACGGGUGCUACCGAAGCUCACGGUAAAUUCCGUCCCGUCAAGAGGGUUUCUCCUCUCAAGCAUCAGCCCGAGACCAGAGAGGAGCCUCCGGGCCGGGAUGCCAAGCUUCGAGACCGGGAGCCGACCGCCGCCGAGGACCACCGUCUGCCUGGCGAAACCGCGGGAGCGAAGAUGGUGGACACUGCUGGCACCAGUCCAGGUAACUGGCAUUUAACAACUGUUAAACACCAAAAAGUAAACUCCGCCAACCUCGGGGAGCUGGAGCACUACGACCUGGACAUGGACGAGAUCCUGGACGUGCCGUUCAUCAAAUCGUCCGGCCGACGGACAUCAACGCUGCCGAGAGCCCCGGACAAGCGAGUGGUGAGCGCGGGCGAUGUGGGCGGAGCCACGCUGGAAAGACAACGAAGGCACAACAAUAAAAACAACAAAGAAGACGACAAUGGCAACAAUGCAUCGGCACAGAUGUGCGUCCUGUCUCCUCUGAAGUGGUCGGAUCUGAGGAAGUCCAAAUCCUCGGAUCAGGACCCGCCCCACCUUCUUCGUUCUCAGUCUUCAGGUGGCUUCCAACAUCACCUUCGUCAAUAUCAAGAAGUAGCGCUAUCGUCUUCUUCCUCGCUGCUCAGCUGCUCCUCGUCGCUGUCUUCCUUCCCUGAAGGAGACAAGCUGCUGUCAGCAAGGGUGUUCCCAGAAGCACAGAACCUCAACCAGCACCAGCGGCUGGGCCCGGAACCUCCGGUGGGCCCGGCCAGCGUCUUGUUCCCCCAGCUGGCCGCGCAGGACACCUCCAAAACCCGAACCUCUGCGGGAGGACAGCACGGAGGAGCCAGAGGGGUGGAGUUGGAUGAGGAAAGCAAGAAGAAGUACAACAUCAUCAACAUUGUCAGGGAAGGUCAAAUCUCGCUCUUGCCUCACCUGGCCGCCGACAACCUAUCGCUGAUCCGCGACGAGCUGGGAAACAACCUUCUCCACGUGUCAGCGUCUCAGGGCCACGCUGAAUGUCUCCAGCAUCUCACUUCUCUGAUGGGAGAGGACGGACUCAACGAACGCAACCAGCAGCAGCUCACGCCCGCCGGACUCGCUGUCAAGAACGGUCACCUCGAGUGUGUGCGUUGGAUGGUGAGCGAGACUGAGGCCAUCGCAGAGCUGAGCUGCACCAGAGAACAUCCGAGCUUGAUACACUACGCCGCUCGCUACGGACAGGAAAAGGUGUUGCUGUGGCUGCUCCAGUUCAUGCAGGAACAAGCCAUCUCUCUAGAUGAGGUGGACCACAACGGCAACACGGGCGUCCAUGUGGCUGCGCUGUACGGACACCUGACCUGUAUACAGACGCUGGUGGAGUACGGCUCCAACGUGACGGUUUCCAACCAGCAGGGCGAGCGACCGUCGCAGCUGGCGGAGCGUCAAGGUCACGGCUCUUGCGCCCGCUACCUGGUCGUCGUGGAAACUUGCAUGUCCUUAGCCUCGCAGGUCGUCAAGCUGACCAAGCGGCUCACAGAACAAGCGGCUGAGAAGGCCACCCUACAGAAACGGCUACACAAACUGGACAACAGCUGUCCGUCCGGCUCGGAGGCUUGGCCCGAGAUGACGCUGAGCGCGGAAGGAACGUCCGUGGAUGGCGAUUGGCUGGUGCGUCAGGAGACCGGACCUCGGAAAGACAUCUGCGAUACCGCCGGGGUUCCCGGCCGUCGUUGCGGUGCGGCGGCUGAAAAGCGCGACCGGAAGCCGGCGCGUCUGAAGCUGAUGACGCAAAGCUCGCUCUGCGAAUCUGAUUCCGACGCGGCCCCGAGACCCGAUAGGCCGACGCGCCUGCCGAUCGACGAUGAGGAGCGCACGUACCCGGCGUUGUGGAAACGUCUUCCGCCGGCCGACAGGAAGUCAACGGACGGCCCCACAGAGGCGGGGUGCGACCCGGACACCGGCCCCGACGCCACCGGCUCUCCCAAGGCGGUGGCCACCAGCCCCAAAAGCGCCCUCAAGUCGCCGUCGACGCGCAGGAAGACGCCGCAUAGCCUCAAACUCAGGGUCACUUUUAAUGAGAACCUCCAUCAGGAGGCGGAGCCUAGCAGAGCGGCAGCCACCGGCAAGGAGGCCCCGCCCGCUGGAAACUUGGAGGCCAAGAGACCCUUUGGGGCACUGCGCUCCAUCAUGGAGACGCUAAGCGGAAAUGCAAAUAACAACAACAACACGCACAAUGCAACACACAACCAGUACAAGAACAAAAACAGAAGUGCAAACGUGUGA